AUGAAUCAAAAGGUGGCGCGAUUCAAUGGAUGUUAUAAACGACUUCAAUUAGCACAUCACAGUGGUUCGUCUGAUGAGCAAAUUCUUGAGAAUGCACAUCAAUUGUACAAAUCUGAAAAUAACAACUCAAAUUUUCUGCUUGUGGACUGUUGGAGAUUGUUAAAGGAUGAGCCGAAAUGGAAUACAAUGUACCAACCAAAAGGUGGUAAGAGAACAAAGGUGUCAGAUACAGGGGCAUUUACUUCUUCUUCCAAUGCAGACAUCAGUGAUGAUGAAGUACGUGAAGUGCGCCCUACUGGCCAAAAGGCAGCAAAGAGAAAAGGGAAGGAAAAAAAAGACACACAUGCUAGAUUUAUAGAGAUUAGUGAACGGAAAGCAUCUGUAUUGGAGAAAUUGGUGGCGAUAAAGGAGAAAGAGGCAGAAGAUAAUAGGAUGACAAAAUACAUGGAUUAUCUCAUCAUGGACACGUCGCAUAUGGCUCAUGAACAAAAGAAAGAUCAUGAAAACUUGUCUAUAUUUUAA